AUGACUCCCGCCAGCUACGGCGUGAAGAUCGAAGUGCCAGAGACCUCAAAAGCUUGCUCCUGGAAUGCCACCUACUGGCGCUCAAAGCGUGUAGAGUGGAUGGAAAAGAGUCAAGGAGCCCAGAUCGUCCUCUACCGUGGAGGAAUGAUGCAGGAAACGCCACGAGAAGAUGGCCUGGUGGUUCACAUUUAUGUCUUCCCAAAGGGUGUUGAACGUGGGAGGGGCCAGCUUCAUGCCAAUAACUCCGAGCGAGAUAUUGCAGUGGAACUCAUUCGUCGGGACGUCCUGGGCGAAGAGCCGAAGGAGCCGCUGGACCGCAAAAUCCUGGUGAAACGAAUCCACGAAUAUGUUCGUCAAAGCGGCGGAACAGUGUCCUGUGCCAACGUCGCUAAGCAGUUUGCAAAGGACAUUGGAACCAACAAGACGCAGCUGGAAUUGGCCUCUUUCGUGCAGAACUUGGCCUUGGACUUCCGGGAACAGCUGGAGUGCAAUGGCCAGCAGCUCAUGUUACCCGCUCCAAGGGCGACACCUGCGGUUGUGCAGAAAGCCGUGACCAAGGUGGCAAGCAAGGUGAAGUCUGUCCGUGAUUUGGAGUGGCUUGAUGGGACAACUUGGAAGGAGACAACCUACAAUGCCAAGUACCACAUCACGCGGAUAUACCAAGGGAAGCCAGGAGCGUGCUUCUCGGUGAAGAAGAUCAGCGGCUCAGCCCACGUCUAUGCGAUUACUUUGUAUUUUGACGAAGCAGCACGAAGAUUGUACUAUGGCGACAAGAUGAAGUGGUAUCUUUCUGGUUUGUCGGAUGCAUGGCUCUCAUGGUCCGGCAGAGAUGACGCUGUAGCCUACGAAUGGGUCAUCGUGAGCAAACCUCCAAAUGGACGCCGUGGCAAAAUGACUCUGGCGAUGCCGGAGCGUUCCUUGGCUGGUCUUGCUGGCAGUGCCGUUGAUGAGUUGAUUCUGAGCGUGGACCGACGGACCGACAGUCUUCUUCCACAGGAAAGUCAUGAACCCCUAAUGCCCAUGACUUGCAGCCGAGGCUAUAGAGAUUGGAGCUGGGUAACUGCCAGCUGGUCAGAUGCCCAAAGAUCGGCCCCUUCAGUGCGUCCAGGGAUGAUCCUUCUGAACACACCUUUGUCCAAGAGUUUGCUCCAGACCUUGUGGCAGAGGAGCUGGCCCCACCUGGUGGCGGAUGGUGGUGCCUCCCAUCUUCACCGCAGCUGUCCCGAGCUGCUGCCGGAGCUGGUCCUGGGGGAUUUCGACUCCGCGCAGCCGGAGAUCCUGGAGUCCUACAGGGAGAGGGGUGUGGAAGUGCGGUGGUCAAGUGACCAAGAUGACACGGAUCUGGAGAAAUGUUUGGCGGCAGCUCAGGAGGAUUUUGCCUGCGAACAUCUCUACAUCGCAGGGCAGUUUGCAGGUGUGGAUGGCAGAAUGGAUCACACCCUGGGCGCAAUGAAUGCUCUGUACAAGGCACAGGCCAAGGGCCUGAAUGCAGCCCUGCUUAGUGAUGACUGCUGUGUCGCGUUGCUGACGAAGGGCUCCCACUGCUUGGCGCCGCCCAGGAAAUCACAGUGUGGCCUGGUGCCACUGGGCGGUCCAGUGCAUGUGACGACCCAUGGAUUGUGCUGGGAUAUGACCGAUGCAGUGCUGGAAUGGGGCGGUUUGAUCAGCACCAGCAACUGCCCUGAUGAAAAGACAAGCGAUGGUUUGGUGUGGGUGGAAACCAACGGCCCAGUGAUAUGGACCUGUAACAAGCCAGAGGCAGCUGAGGCCGCACCCAAGUGGGUGCCUCGCCCAGCUCCAGCGCCUGAAAAAGUUCCAGAGCCGGUGCCGGAAGAGGAACCCGAGCAGCUGGAAGAACAUGAAGAACCGGAGACCAACGACGAGGUUCAACUAGCUGCUGACAUUCCGCCACCACCUGCAAAUCCACCUCAGCCACCCAGGGUUUGGACCCGAUUCUUAGACGACAAAGACUGUGCCUGGUGGAGUAACGCACUGGACGAGACGAAAUGGUUCAUGGAAGGUGAUCAGCGGUGGGAAAAGUACGAGGUGCCACCUGGUCACCCAAUGGGUGAAGGGCGGAUCUAUUACUGGAGCCUUGACAGCGGUGAAGGAGGCCUACCAGAAACAAUAGAGAGAUACCUGCCACCACUCUUCAUGAGAAAUCUCUCUCUCUCUCUCUAG